AUGCAUGAUCUUGCCAUAUCAGUGGCAGGAUCAUUGAUCACCUCAUUUGAUGUUAAGGGGAGAAACAUUGAAAAGAAAACUCGUCAUGUAUCAUUUGUUGGUAAUGAUCCACAUAUUUCUUCAUUGUGUAAAGCAAGUAGGAUACGAACAUUUCUUUACUUCGGUGGCCAAGGCUUUGGGGCUAAGAUUGAUUGUGAUGCAAUUUUUUCGAGUUUUAAAUUGUUGCGUGUGUUGGAUAUGCAUCUAAAAAAUCUUGAUUUUGUGCCAAGCUCUAUUGGUAAGUUGAAGCAUUUAAAAUAUCUUGAUCUUUCUGAAAACGGCAAUAUCAAGAAGUUGCCCAAUUCUAUAACCAAAUUGCAGAAUUUGCAAACACUAAAACUCUCUAAUUGUUGGAACUUAGAAAAAUUUCCGAGAGGCAUUGAAAGAUUAGUCAACCUCAGACAUCUUGAGAUAGAUGGAUGUCGUGCUUUGACUUAUAUGCCACGUGGAUUGGGGCAACUAACUAAUCUUCAAACUCUAUCAAGAUUUGUGGUCCACACGGGUUCUCUUUCCAAGCAUAGCGGUGAGUUAAAAGAACUAAACAAACUAAAUAAGCUGGCAGGAGAGUUGGUCAUUAGAGAUUUGAGACAUGAGAAAGAUGUUGCGUCGGAAUACAAGGCUGCAAAUUUAAAGGAGAAACAACAUCUUCAUUCUUUGCAUUUAUGGUGGAAUACUCAAGCAGAUGUCAAUGAUUUGAAUGUUAAUGUUGAUGAUGAAAUGUUAUUGGAAGGCUUCCAACCGCACCCAAAUCUGAAACAACUUUCCUUAGUAAACUAUCCGGGUUCAAGGCUUUCGAGUUGGCUUUUGUCACUCACAAAUCUUGUUAGAUUUGAAUUAUGGAUGUGUAAGAAAUGCCAAUAUCUGCCACCAUUGAGUCAAUUGCCUUCUCUCAAGUAUCUUUCUCUUACAAUGUUGGAUACUUUGCAGUACAUAUCAAAUGGUGGUGAUAGUAAUGAGUUCUCUUCUUCUUCAUCGGCACCAAUACCAUUUUUUCCAUCCUUGAAGGAAAUCAAAAUUGAUCUUUGUCCUAAUCUCAAGGGGUGGUGGAGGCGGCAUUCUUCUGAGGACAUCAAUAGUGAUAAUGAUUAUUCUGUUCAAAUAACUGCGGUAACACCGAUGACGGAGCAUCAUUUAUUCCCUUCAUUUCCUCAUCUUUCAACAUUACAGAUCUGGAAUUGCCCUAUGUUGACUUCCAUGCCAAUGUUUCCACAUCUUGAAGGAGAGUUGGUCCUGUGGAAUGCGAGCUUGAAGCCAUUGCAACAAACAAUGAUGAUGAAUAUGGCAGCACUGCAAAGCCCAACGUCAAUAGCAAUAGCCUCCUCUUCAUCCACUCCUCUCUCAAAAUUGAAGUACAUAAAAUUGAAUUCCAUUACGGAUCUCGAAAUUCUACCAGAGGACCUCAAUUCUCUCGAGUCUUUGACGAUAUUGAACUGCAAUAGAAUAAAGUCUCUCUCCCAAGGUGUACAACAAUUCACUGCCCUCCAAUACCUGCAUCUUUGUAAUUGCCGCGAACUUGAGCUAGCCAAUGAUGAGGACGGGAUGCAAUGGCAAGGCCUUAAGAGCCUCAUCUCUUUGGAGUUUACACAUCUUCCGAAAUUGGUGUCUCUCCCGUUGGGGCUUCAACACUUGACUACUCUGCAAAAGCUUGAGAUUUCAAAUUGUGAAAACUUGACGGCCAUACCAGAGGGGAUCCACAACUGCACAUCACUUCAAGUGCUUGAAAUUGGUGGAUGCUCCAGUUUGACAUCGCUGCCCGAAGGAAUGGGUAGGCUAACUUCUUUGCGAAGGCUAAAAGUUGAGAAGUGUCCCAUCUUACUGCAAAGAUGCGAGAGAGAAACGGGUGAAGAUUGGACCAAGAUUUCUCACAUCCCAGAGUUAGACUUGCGGUAUCCUCCUCAGCAAAAAGAAAAGUCAAACAUCCAUGCAUCUUCGAUUGCUUAG